CUAUUUUCCCUAAAGCAUAAAGGGGUAGGAAAAGGAAGAUUCAGAAUAAAACAGAAGGCAAAACUGUCUUUUUAAACAAAGAGAAGUAAGUUCUGACUUGUGACGAACGAAACACAGCCUUUACAGUUUUCCUCUUUUAAAAUCAGAGAGAAAGCGCGAGGACGUCAGCUGCAGCCAAUCUGGAGGACGUGCCGUCGAUGGAAGUCACGAGUCGUAUGAAUUGCGAGUCGAAGCCCGCCAGGCACCUCAUUCUCGUCGGUCCACCAGGGUCAGGGAAAGGGACCCAAUCCUCCAUAAUAAAGGAUGAAUAUUGCUUAUGCCAUUUGGCAUCGGGCGAUAUUCUGAGAGCAGCUGUUGCUACCCUCGGUGUUGAGUUUGAAGAGGCCAUGAAUAAGGGAAAACUUGUUUCGGAUGAUUUUGUUGUUGGUAUAAUGGAUGAUGCCUUGAAGAAGCCUUCCUGUCAGAGAGGUUUUAUUCUUGAUGGAUUUCCUAGAUCAGUUGUCCAGGCACAAAGGCUUGAUGAGAUGCUUGAUAAGCGUGGAGUUAAGAUUGACAAGGUUUUGAACUUGGUAAUUGAUGAUGCUAUAUUGGAAGAGAGAAUUACUGGCCGUUGGAUCCACCCUUCCAGUGGCCGCACUUACCACACGAAAUUCGCGCCUCCGAAAGUUGCUUGUGUUGAUGAUGAAACUGGAGAGCCUUUAAUUCAACGUUACGAUGAUACAGCUGCGGCUCUCAAGUCAAGGUUGGAAGAUUUUCACCAGAAGACUGAACCAGUUAUUGACUACUAUAGGAAAAAAGGCAUUGUUGCAAACCUUCCUGCCGAGAAACCACCUCAAGUGGUCAGUGCAGAAAUUAAGAAGAUUCUCGGCUGAAAAAAAAAAAAAUAGGAGACAGGAACUCUCGGGGACCUCUGAUAAAUAAUUGCAUUGAUUCGAGCUUUUUAAUUUGUCUUACUGUAGUAGUUUGAUACCAAUAUACUAUCAUGUUAGAGCUGAUGAAAGUAUGUGGGACUUGUUAUCCUUGGCCGAGGGCCUUAACGCGAAUUGUGGUAGUUUCUUAGAUUGUGCGAAGACAAUAAUUUUUUUUUUUUUUUU